AUGGCAGCCUCACUUCAAGCCUCCGUUGCCUCCCUCCAAUCCUCCCUCCAACUUAUCGACUCCUCGAUCUCAAUUCUCGACUCCAGCGUCAGCGACUUCCCCCGAAUGUCCAAAGUCCUCCAAACAAGACGACACUUUGAACUCCUCCCUGAGCCAACCCUCCGCGAAGCCCAACAAUCCCUCCUCGACGAAAUCACUCCAAGCAUCGCACACCUCCUCUCCCUCGCCUCCAACCACGUCGAGAAGCUCUCCCGCCGCGAACAAGGGUUGCGCGCGAAAUGUGAAUUGCAAGAGGGGAGACUGAACUCUUCUGAGGCAAGGCAGAUCUCCGGGAGUCGUGCGCAGAGGAGGGGUCCCGCUCGUGGAGGUGGAGGCGCUACUUCCGCGGCGAAGGCAGCUGAGAUGCGGAGGCUAGUUCAGAAGAAGGAGAGGCUUCAGUAUGCGGUUGAGCGGUUGGAGUUGCAGAGUAAGCAGAGGGAGAGGCAAUUAAGGAAGAGUAUGGCGUUUCAGUGA